AUAUCUCCUAGGGACAUGGCGACAUGAGCUGUCUUUCCGUCUCCAUUCACAAACAGACGUCAUAGGCUUUUUAGGUCAAGCGCAUGCGAUAUGUAACAAACAAAAAAUCGAAGCCCACGCGUUAUUCACUUGUCUAUUCUAAAGCAGAAGUGUGUGUUCAUAACGGAUCGGUUUUUUUAUUGGUAAUGGCUGAUCAAGGGAUGGCAACGACAGCCAAGCCCGGUCGCAUAGGAUUGUGGUGUGUGCCCAGAUCGACCUCAACGUUACUGGCGAAAUGUCUAAGUGCCAUCGAGGGGAUCGAAGUCCACUUGGAUGUGUACUCGUAUGCCUCGACGUUCAGGGGGUUGUAUAAGACAUCAACGGGAAAGGAGUUACCUUCUGAUCUGAUUGGCAACGAGUCGGUGUACGAGGAGGCCAAUGACGUAUGGGAGAAAAACGUUGGCAAUAGAGACCUGAUCCCGAGAAAGACUUCAUAUCAAACUAUCAAAGAGGACCUAGAAAAAGCCAGUGCCAAGUAUGUUCUCAUCAAAGAAAUGGGAGUUCUCCCCAUUGACCCCAAAUUCUACCCAGAAGGCUACAAAUUCGCUUUUCUGAUCCGGGAUCCAUCCCGAGUCUACGUUUCGGCUCGUAAAUCGAUGGGGGCGAAGUAUGUCGAAACGGGAAUGGUCCCGUCCGAGGCCGAUUACGAUCUCAUCCGAGAUGACCAGCUUGAUAGUCAACCAAUGAAAUGGUUCGAAAGGGAGCAUGCGCUGUGGAAGCAUGUCAAAGCAAACAUCGACCCGGAUCCGAUUAUAAUCGACACGUCGGAUAUCAUGUCAAGACCGGGACCGACUAUCAAAGCAUUCUGCGAUGCCGUUGGCCUUCCAUACAGCGAUGGUCUUCUGCAGAUGAAGCCACUAACUGAAAUGCCCAGUAACUUUGUGACUGCAGCAGAAAAUCUAUUCACUGAUAUGUCCGCAUUUUAUGAGAGAGCCUUCAAGAGUACACAGAUUAUUCCGCCGAAGGAUGUUGGUCCUAUACCGCGUGACCAACUUUCCGAUGACGUCGGUCGUUGUGUGGACUACUCCAUGCCUUUUUACCGUGAAAUGUUUGAAAGUAGACUCCACAUUCCAUAAUGACACUGUAAAGGCUCAUAAUUUGACGUAUGAUAUUGUUAUCGAUCAUUGAAUCAUUAAGCUUCUUUAGAACGACAACCUGUAACUGUCUUAUCAUUAAUAUGCGGCAAUGAAUGAGCCGAAAAGGGAAAGCAAGGCAAAGAUGAAAAUGCAAACUAGUAACUAUAUUAUAUUCGGAAAAUGUUGAUCAAGCAUGAAGCAUUUGAUUAAUUAACAGAGAAACGAAAAGUAGGUAGAGACGUUAAUUCUUUAUUUUUAAAACGGUUGGACACUAAUCCAUGAGUGUGUUUGUUUAUUUGAUGCAAUAAAGGGGAAGUUCACUCUCCUGACCGACAAAAUUAUUGUACAAAUAGCAAAACAAAUUGAAAAAAA